AUGGAGAUCGGAGACAGAUGCAAGACUUGGACGGUCGGUGGUCGUGUAGCUGGAUUUGUACAUGCGUGUCAUGCUGCCAACUAUGCGAACGGAGCCUUCCGGGAAUAUCUGUUAGCAGAUGCGGACCUUGUGAUGCGUCUGCCAGAUCAUCUCUCUUUUGCAGAAGCUUCGACACUCGGCAUGGGGGUUAGCACUGCUGCACAGGCACUGUAUCAGUGGCUUCCUCUGCCGUUGCCUACCUGCGAUCCAACAAUGUCUGAUCAGAAUAUUCUCAUAUAUGGUGGAAGCACCGCGACUGGGAGCAUUGCCAUACAAUUAGCGAAACUCUCAGGACUCAGGGUCAUCACGACCUGCUCACAGCAACACAUCUCUUGGCUUCGAUCGCUAGGAGCUGAUGAGGUCAUUGAUUAUCGCGACCUCAGCGCCACCGAGACAAUAAGGUCAUUGCCCGAGUCGCUUAUAUAUGCAGGGUUGAUGGCAUCGACAGAAGAGCCGCCACGACCGGAGUUUCUGCCUGCCUCUACCCACAUUCACAGUGUCUGGAAUAUUGUUUACACAUGCUUUGGAAGACGCUUUACGAUGAACAAAGAGGAAAUGGGACUGAAACGAACAUCGGAGGCGUCCAACGUGGACAAAAACUUUAUGGUUACAUUUUAUUGGCGGGUUGAGCAAUUUCUUCAAAAUAAGCUGUUGAGACCCAUGCCUAUUGAAAUUCGCAAAGGAGGGCUUGCGGGUGUUUUGGAAGGGGUCUCCGAGGUUCGCAAAGGGGCCGUUCGAGGGAAGAAAUUGGUUUAUGAGCUAUGA